CGGAGAGCCUCACUCUGGAGGAAGAAGGCGACUAAAGAGGGCUGGUCGACGUGGCACCAAGGGACCCGCCACCCCUCCGUAUUUACCAACACCGAGACGUCCGCGGAGAACCCACGUUCCCUCCACCUCGAAUAAUAAAUGCCAAGAGAACCACCACGCGCGCAACGAGACGAGGAUCGCGGCUCAGAAGUGGAGAGGAACACAAACACGUAGCGGACGGAGAGAAAAAAAAGCACCCAACGCGCACGGGUCGUCGCCGUUGCCUUUUUCUCAAUGCAUACCCUUUGUGCCCGCGGAACGAUGAAACCAGAGAUCAACGCCGCCGUCGGAUUUCUGUCGAGAUUUCUACGGGUAAAAGGACACGUAAACGAUCGACAGGUCCAAACAUUCAGCCAAAGCUUACAGGACAUCUUGGCAGAGCAAUACAAGCACCACUGGUUCCCAGACAGGCCCUGCAAGGGCUCAGGCUACCGCUGCAUCCGCAUCAACCACAAGAUGGACCCGCUGGUGGGACAGGCCGGGCAGCGCAUCGGCCUGACCAUCCAGCAACUCUACCUGCUGCUGCCCAGCGAGCUCACGCUGUGGGUGGACCCCUUCGAGGUGUCCUACCGCAUCGGCGAGGACGGCUCCAUCUGCGUCCUGUACGAGUCGCAGCCCGGCCCCAUGGUGAUGCCGGCGAGCGCCGCCACCAGCGCCCCCUCAGGAAACAGCGGGUCGGUGAGCCCCAUGGUGGACAGUCACAUCAGCUGCAAGGAGGAACUGAUGGUGCUGGGCAGAACCAGUCCCUCCAAGGCCUACAACAUGAUGACUGUGUCCAGUUAGAGAGGCACGUGGUCGCCGCGGCCUGCUUUUGUUCAGGAUCACACCAUGGCUGGUCAGAUUCUCCGACCAGACCAGGGUGAGCCUUUUUAAAGCUAAGAAUAUGAAAUGAAAUAGUGAAAGAAGAAACCUGUAAAAGAAAAAAAACAGAGGAUGUGGCCUAUCAUCCAGGUGAUGGAAACCUUGUAGGUUUGAUAUUUUACCCCCUCCCCCCUCCCUACUGUCAUCUGUUCUGUUGUGUCAUUGGAUCAACUGGGCACUCCGUUUUUCAGGAGAGGCUUUGUGGAAAUGGAACUGUUGGGGCAGCUAAAGCAACCAAGCUGGACCCCACCCCCCCACUCACGGAGACCGGCUUCACUCUCCCCAAUUCCCUCAACUAGAAACAACAAAGUGAUCAGCUCCAUCUCUGAAGGGGCUAUCAUUGACUUUGCACUUUUCUUACUUAUGGUUACUAUGGGUACAUGUUCAACACACCACCAAAUCCCAAAUUAUGAGGAGUUAUUACCAGGAUCUACCCUUGAUUUGCAAAAUCCAGAGGCUUUUGAGUUGUUCUUUUUCAUCUUUGUUUCCUGGGUGGGGAGGAAGUCGAGGUUCAGACCGAGCCUUUCGCUAUUCGAGCUCACGACAAAGAAACUCCCAAAGAGAGCUUCUCUAUUUUCUGUAAAACCUUUUGGACCACAGGGAUUUAGAUUUCUUUAUCUUGUAGCUGGAAAUAAAGGCGUUCGGUCCCAAGUCCUCCUCUCUCCUUCCCUCCCUCCUACCAUCAACACGGAGCUUCACAAAAGCUUCCUGCCAGCCCGCUCUCAGCCCAUAUGUGAGUGCAAUCGGAACGAGCUGUGACACCUGUUACCUGUGGCUACCAGUGUGUCCUGUUGCACUGCCUCCUUCCCAUCGCUCGGGUAUUUGUAGCUUUCCGGGGGCGAGGGCAGGGGACUCCACCUCCUUCCGCCUCCUCCUAUGAAUGUUGUAGAAAAUUCACAAUCAAGAUCUUGUGUUGUUCAUUUUGCCCUGUCCCCCCGUCCCCGUCACCACUUCAUCUCCCGCAUCACCAAAUUUUUAAGUGUAGCAAAAGGGGUGGGGCCCGUAAUACCCGCAUACUUAUCAUUGUGGCCCUUACAGAAUUGACAUUGAAUGCACUUUGACGUGAGAUUGUGUGGGAUGUGUCAGACUUUCAGACAAAAUCGCCUGCAUUCCAUCCAUUCGAAUGUCAUCUUUCCCCAACGUUUCUGUUGCCCGUCACGCAUUUUAAGCCAUUUGUUCAUACUGUGGCUCCCACUUAGGGCCGGCCUGAACUGCCUGAACUGGGAGUGAGCGUCUCUGGAUUUCACAACCCCCUUUUUAACACUGUAUUCGUGAGCGUUUCGGAGCGGUGGCGCUUUAGGUGCGGAGUAUUUGUUGGUGGUAUGUUAGACUUCCUGUCAUCCGUUCAUAUGGCACUGUUCGCUCUGGCAGGUCGCAGAGCUAAGCUGUUAUCCCCUAGCUACACACACAGACACAAACGCAGGGUUUGGGUUGCUCAAAUGAAAGACACCGUUAAUGUGGACUAAGUGAUGACUGUGUGGGACUUUGGCCAAAGGGAGGUCUGGAGCGUCGACUGUUCAGAGAUCAAUUUAACUUGAAUUUAAAAACACCGGGCCUUGUCAACCUUCGAUCUUCACUUGCAUUAGCUAUUCUCAAGGUCUUGUAAAAGGGAGAGACUUAUCUGUUGGUACGCAUUGAGGUGCAUUGCCUUACGUCGACGUCAUCAUGAAUUGUGAGCCAUUCAUGACUUUUAAACCCAUAUCAGGCUUAUUUGAGCCAGCCUGGUGUACAGCGCUGCCUAGACCCUCGCUCGAAGGUGUCACCUUUUGCAGCCUGGCAGCUUCAAAUCCACCCCACGCCCCUUCUGGCGUGGGGGUAAGAGUGCCUCAAGUGCCACAUAUCGACCCCUUAGCUCAGACCUCCUGUUCAGCCAAAAGCACGCCAGCAUGCUGCUAGCCGACCCCCUGUGGAUGCAGGUAGACUUAAUGUGACACAUAUCAUCGUCCAUCACCGUGGGGAGCUGGGUAAGGAAGGCGGGGCUUGGGGAACUGGUGUGAGAGAGGGGGGGCCCAGGGACAGACUCUUUUUGUCUAGGGCAGCUAAAAUCCCUCCAGCCCCCUCUCUGGACUUAUUUGACGUCCCCUGCCCUGGCCAGAAGCCCUCGACCCUCCCGCAGCACUGAUGGAUAACUAAACCAGCACACACGCUUGGCAUGCUCAAGCUGCACUGGGGGGGUGGGCUAGUGAGAGACGAGGAAACAUGGAUCACAGAUGAAGAGGGUACUAGGCCAUUGUUUUCUGUGUUCAUCUCAUUGCGCAGCACUUGAUUAGGGACUUUGAGUAGCAACUUUGUUUACAUGCAUAUGAAAGGAUGCGAUGGCUGUCUGACCCCCACUUCACUCCCAGGUUCUGGGCAGAGCGGUUGCCAGCAGAUGCCGAGGGCGGCCGCUGGCCAAACUGCAGGUUGGUUCGCCGCUCGGCAGCCCGGCGGGAGAUUAAGCUCCCCCUAAGCCUGUGAGGAUCAUGGGUAAUAGAGCUAUAGCCUUUGACGCACUGCAACCCCGUAACCCCCCUUCCCCUGCUCUCUGCUGAUACUCCACUCAGCAUCUGUGAACAGCUUCCUGGGAUCGAACCCCCGAGCUUUGGUUUCCAUGGUGGGCACUUGUUUUGAAAUCGCACUGCUCCAUUAUAGCUUUUUAAUGUCGCGUAGCAAGAUGUUUUGAGAUUGGUGUAUAUUUCGGAUGCGAGAUGAUCAUCCCAUCUCACGUUUCUCUGUUUUUUUAUGGUCACACUGGGAUUUUCUCAUUUUUCCCCCUCUCUGCCAUCCCCAUUUUAAUUUUUUUUAGUCUGGUGGUCUAACCGAGUUUUAACAGACCUUGUUUUCAGAGCUAGAAAAAAAUGAAACCCAAAUCUUCAUCACCUCCUUCUAAACUGUACCACCGCCACCCCAAAUGGUUUUAAACUAAGGAUCCAUUCAGCUUGUGCGCGUAUAGCUUACAGACCUGCGAGUGCUUUGAGUAGUCAGAGGUGUAACAGCACAUAAAAUGCACUAAAUAUGUCAAGUUGAAGUUGUGACUUUUUUUUUUUAAUGAGAUGUGAGGAGUCUCUCCUGGAAUGUAUUGCCAAACUCAGGCCUCGACAUUCAAUAAAUACCCUUAUGGAACAGUUGUGCAUGUUAAGACAUGAAACCGGAAGGGAACAGCAUUUUUAUUACUGUUGUUGUCAAUAUCGUCAUCAAUUGUUUGAAUUAUUGCCACUUUCGCAUCUGAGGUGUAUUCCAUAUUGUAGAAUGUAUUGUAAGUGUACAACAAAUGGUAGAGUACAUAACAUUACACAUGGGAAGUGCCAAUAAUUCCAGUUCUGAGGUGUUUUUUCGGGUGUUUUUCCUUUUUUGUAUUUCAUCUUUUAACAUGGAUAACGCUUUUUCGUAAGUGAAGCCAUUCGUGAUGGGAGUGUUGGCAAGGACCAAAGUUGUUUUGGUUAAAAGAUAUUAGUUUCCAUGAUCUGUAAAUGUAGACGUAUCCUUUGUUUUUUUUUUCCUUCUCAGUUUUUUCCCUUUUUUUUCUAUUUACAUACAAAACCAGAAAAUAGACAAAAAAAUCUGAGCUUACCCAAGAAGAAAAGCUGUCUAUCUUGUGAUCUCUCAUGUCAGUACACUUUUAUCGUGUUCAGUUUCUUUUCCUUGGGUAUGUUGUGAUGAACUGCUGUAAAUUUGUACAGUUCAUGUAAAUUGAUUGUGCCGAAGUUGUACAGAUUUCUAUAUUUUGGAAGAAAAGUUUUUUUUCUCUGUAAUAAAAGAUUUCCUAUCUUGGCAUCAUA